AUGGAUAGAGUGAAAUUUAAAGUUAAUGGAGUUGAAUAUUCCGUUGGGUCUGAAGUUUCUUCGACGACGACACUUCUUGAGUAUCUUCGUCAUAACUUAGAGCUUCGUGGUACCAAGUAUAUGUGUCUAGAGGGUGGCUGUGGGUCUUGUAUUGUAAGUGUCGUAAAGAUUCCUGGAGGUGAUCCUUUAAGUAUAAACUCGUGCUUGGUACCAAUAACAUCAUGUCAAGAUUGGGAUAUUAAAACGAUAGAAGAAAUUGGCAAUCGCUUAGAAGGCUACCACCCUAUACAAAAAGUCUUAGCACAGAAUCAUGGUUCUCAAUGUGGGUAUUGUUCUCCAGGGUGGAUAAUGGCAUUUUAUAGUCUGCUUCAAAGUAAAAAGCCAACAAUGCUGGAAAUAGAGCAACAUUUUGGAGGCAAUGUUUGUAGAUGUACUGGAUACAGACCAAUUUUAGAGGCUUUUAAAAAAUUUGCGUCUGAUGUUCCUAAUUCUGAUAUAUUAGACAUUGAAGAUUUAAAAAUAUGUUACAAAAAUAAGGAAACCUGUUCAGAAAAGAAAUGUUCAGAUUCAGAUUGGUGUUUUGUAUCAAAGAGUGAUGUCUUCACGAAAACGUUACAUAUUGAAUUAUGUGAUAAGAGAGAUUGGUAUAAAGUACAAACCUUGACUGAUAUAUUUCGUAUAUGGCGUGAUAAGAGCACACAAUCUUAUAUGUUAGUUGCUGGAAAUACUGGUAAAGGAGUAUACCCCAUUUUAGAAUAUUCUAAAAUAUUAAUAGACAUUUCGGGAAUAUCAGAUUUAAAAGGUUUUUAUACUGAUCAGAAUUUAGUAAUUGGAUCAGGAAAUACAUUGACGGAAGUUAUAAAUAUAUUCGACACUGCUGCAAAAAUGGAAUAUUUUAAUUAUCUUAGUAUAUUGAAAGAACACUUGACCCUAGUAGCUCAUAUUCCUGUUAGAAAUAUAAUGCCUCGAUCCCAAAACGCUCACGCACUUAUCAACGCUGGAUUUUUAUAUAAACUCAACGAAUCUAAUACUGUAGUAACAUGUAGAAUUGUAUUUGGUGGUUUAUCUCCUGAAUUCAGCAAAGCUACGAAAACAGAACAAUACUUAAAUGGAAAAAAAUUGUUCAACAAUGAAACUUUACAAGGAGCAUUAAAGAUAUUGGACAAAGAACUGAUAGUUACUGAAGACUUGCCAAAUCCUCCAGCAGAUCAUAGACGGAAAAUGGCUUUAGGACUAUUUUAUAAGGGACUACUUUCUCUAUGUCCAUCAAAUAUAUUAAAGCCACGAUACAAAUCAGGAGCAAUCAAAUUAAGCAAAACGCGGCCAGUAUCAAAGGCUCAACAGGUGUUCGACACAAACCCUUCUAUUUGGCCACUGAAUGAACCAAUACCGAAAAUUGAGGCUUUGAUUCAAUGUGCGGGUGAAGCUAAAUACACAGAAGACUUGCCAAAACUACCAAACGAAGUGUACGCUGCUUUCGUACUAAGCACAGUGGGUUUAGGUACAAUCGAGAAAAUAGAUCCCAGUAAGGCUUUGAAAGAAACAGGAGUUAUUGCUUUUUAUUCGGCAUCAGAUAUACCCGGUGUAAACUCUUUCACACCGACACCAAUCGCUAUGUUUCUCACAGCUAAUGAAGAAGUUGUAGUAGGUAAUGAAAUUAAAUAUUAUAACCAGCCUAUAGGUAUAAUUGUAGCAACAUGUCAAGACAUAGCUAAUAAAGCUGCUACUUUAGUCGAUGUCAAGUAUAGUGAGAUAAGAAAUCCCGUAACAGAUAUAAGAAUAGCGAAAAAUAAUCCAAACAAAAUCACUCUGUUUUAUACUAAUGAUGCAACGGCCACGGGAAAAGAUAUUGUAAAAGUUAUAAAAGGAGAAAGUACAAUAUUUGGACAGUAUCAUUUCUGUAUUGAGACAUUAGUUUCAAUUACUUAUCCUACUGAAGAAGGAUUAAAGAUAUAUGCAACUGCCCAAUGGAUGGAUUGUAUACAGCAAGCGGUAUCAAGGAUGUUAAAAAUACCACAAAAUAGAAUAGACGUCUAUGUUCGUCGUCUUGGAGGUGCGUAUGGUAUAAAAAUAUCACGAAUAUCACAAGUAGCGGCGGCUUGUAGUUUAGUUUCAUAUAAAUUGAAUAGACCCUGUCGUUUUAUACAAACCCUAACAAAUAAUAUGAGAGCCGUUGGAAAGCGACUUCCGUGUUCUUCCAAUUUUGAGAUUGGCGUAAACAGUCAAGGUGUACUUCAAUAUGUGAAGCAAGAUUUAUACUCUGAUAAUGGUUAUAUAUUCAAUGAACCUCUAAUAAUGCUUGGAGUAGAUCAAUAUAACAAUUGCUACAGAAAGGAGAUGUGGAGUUAUAAAGUUUAUACUGCUGUUACGGAUACGCCGUCCAAUUCGUGGUGUCGUUCACCUGGUUCAUUAGAAAAUAUAGCUAUGGCUGAAAUGAUAAUGGAGCGAAUAUCUUAUGAAUUAAAUUUAGAUCCUCUCCAAGUCCGCCUCGCUAAUUUGGAUACUGAAAACUAUAGGGACAUUAUUGAAAUUUUAGAUACACUCAAGCGUAAUUCCCAAUAUGAAGAAAGAAAUAAUGCGGUUGAAAAAUUUAAUAGAGAAAACAUGUGGAAGAAACGAGGUCUAAGAUUUUCGUUUCUUAGAUGGACUCCGACUGGUGGUCAAUAUUUAGACAUAAUUUUAUCAGUUUUCAACGAUGACGGAUCCGUUGCAAUAUCACAUGGUGGAAUUGAAAUGGGACAGGGUAUUAAUACUAGAGCUACGCAAGUAUGUGCCUAUUUAUUAAAUAUACCCGUUGAAAAAGUUCAAAUAAAAGCAAAUGAUACAUUAAAGUCACCUAAUGGCUUACCAACAGGUGGAAGUAUAACGUCCCAGAAUAUAACUGUCGCUGUUAGAAAAUGUUGUAUGGAACUGUUAGACAGACUAAAACCAAUAAAAGAACAAAUGAAUAAUCCAACAUGGGAACAGUUAAUCAAAAAAGCGUAUGAGAUGAAAAUCAAUUUGCAAGCGCAGGGAUUUGUUAAUUUAGAAGAUGUUGUUCCAUAUAACAUUUACGGUAUUACAUUAGCAGAAGUCGAAAUAGAUGUAUUGUCUGGAGAAUUUCAAAUGAUAAGAAUUGAUUUGAUUGAAGAUUGUGGUCAGAGUGUCAAUCCUAAACUUGAUAUUGGUCAAAUUGAGGGAGCAUUUACUAUGGGAGUUGGUUAUUUUACCACUGAGCAAUUAGUAUUCGACCCUAAAACAGGCGAAUUAUUAACAAAUCGUACUUGGGACUAUUGGGUACCACAAGCGUUGGAUAUACCUCAAGAUUUAAGGAUAUAUUUAAGAAAACGGUCUUAUAGCUCAGAUCUUAUAUUUGGUUCAAAAGCACCUUGCGCUAAAUUAACUCGAAACGAGCAAGCUUUCGGUCUCUUCACGCAUUUUAUUCAACAAUUUGCUCAAGUAGGAUCAAAAGGUAUUGAUGCUGAA